CUUCGCGCUCUUGGGAGGGUUGAAAGACAGCAUGCAAUUAUACUCUGUUAUAAACCAGACGCUCCCCAUCUCCUUGGACCAAACUUGGAAGGCUUUUGCAGACACUGCUGGCAGAUGAGCACAAGAUGGAUAGGGGCGGGUAUAUUGUUUUCCUUAUUCUUCUGUCAACGAUGGAAUGGGUUUCGGAUCGAGCAAACUGCUCGCCCGCCCGGUUUCAUCUCGACGCUGCAAAAUUAAUACAGCUCGAAGCGGACCGGUCACCGACUGGAGCGACCCUCAUUUCACACCUCUACGUCUCAUCACACUCGUCAUCUUCGACACUCUUUUCAUGGUGCUACGGCUCGGAACGGCGAAUUUGCGAUUAUUCUGCUUUGUGCGAUUUCCUUUUCUUUUUUCCUUUCUCGCAUUCUGGCGUGAGCCAUUUAAUACUAGAUUCUUGUGUGUCAGAUUACAUAUCGUUGCCCUACCCUCAUCCUUUUUCCGACCAUCUCGACCCCUUUCACCUAUGGCCGCCUCUAUGCUCUCAGUUCAUUGUGGCUGGUUCUUCGAUGGUAAUAUUAAUGACAUGGCGGAAGGGCGUUUGGCAUCUGAUGGAAGAGUCCUCGCGUUUCAACCAGCAGUGACCUAUUUACAAAGCAUUUAAGAUUAUAAAUGUUUGAAUAUGCCGCAUGGGAUACGUCGCAGGACAAAUGGGUCCAUCGGUCAAGGAGUUUAUGUGGAAGCAGCCUGUGGCUGUUUGGUUUCCCUUUUUUUUUUUUUUUUGUUCUCUUUCUUUUUCUUUUGCCUUUG